ACUCGUGUCCCGGGGCUGGGGGCGCUCUGUCCCGGGCCGGCCCGGCCGAGCCCCCGGGCGCUCACAGCAAUGAGUGACAACGAGCGGGACUGGCUGGCUCUGAGGCCCCAGGAACCUUCUCCAUCCCAGUGCUGCGGCAGCGGCUGCAAGCCCUGCAUCUACGAUGUGUACGAGAAGGAGCUCGCACAGUGGGAGAGAGCCAAAGCACUGCAAGACAAAAGCCUUCUCAUGGGAAAGAGGGAGCAGAGCAAUAAUUCAGAGCUGAAUCCAGAUGCAUUCACUGCAUUCUGCGUGAGCUCGGUGGAGCAGCUGACAGAGGACACCUACCAGUACAAAUUUGAAUUACCGGGAAGGAGCAGCCUGCGAUUGAGUUUAGGACAACAUAUCGUGUUAAGAGGAGUGGUGAAUGGUUUGGAGGUCCAGAGAGCCUAUACUCCAAUUAGCCCCAGGAAUGCAGAAGGUUACUUUGAAGUUCUAAUUAAAUGCUAUGAAGCUGGGCUAAUGUCACAAUACAUAAAAACAUGGAAAAGAGGAGAUGUGGUCUUUUGGCGUGGGCCAUUUGGAGGAUUCCCAUAUCAGCCUAAUAAGCAUGGAGAACUCCUCAUUCUGGCCUCAGGCACUGGCCUUACACCAAUGAUUUCCAUCCUCCAGUCCAUAACAGAUGAUGAAGAGGAUGAAACCUUUGUAACUCUUGUUGGCUGCUUCCCUACCUUUGACAAAAUUUACUUAAAACCUCUUCUGCAGGAUUUGGCUCGGUACUGGAAUAUCAGAAUAUUUUAUGUCCUAAGCCAGGAAUCUUCGCUGGAAAAACUUCCUCAGAGCUAUCAGGAAAACACCUAUACUGGUCAUCUCAAUGAAGACUUGAUGAAGACAAUAGUAAAUUCCUGUCGAAGAAAGCCAUUUGUAUUAAUUUGUGGCUCUUCUGCAUUCAAUGAAGAUAUGAGUAGAUACUUGAAAGCUGCAGGAAUUGAAGAAAAUUCCUGUUUUGUCUUUUAGCAGUACAUUCCUGACCUGAGCAACC